AUGUUCCAGGGCGGCCACCCCUUUGUCGGGCUCACACCGAGCCAGGUCUUGCACGCGGUCAGCACGGGCAAGAUGCUCACCGUCCCCGAGAGCACGCCCGAGAAGGUGUGGCCGCUGCUGGCCGCGUGCUUGUCCCCCAAGCCAGAAAACAGCGGCGCCGCUGCCAACGGCUGUCACAUCAGCAUCACCUGA